GUAACACGACAAACACUUCCAAUAUACUAUCCAAGAUGCCGACCGAGCUAGAAGAACUCGUUGAGUUCCUGCACCAUGGCAACACUCAAAUCCGACAAAUUGCGGCCGAGAAUCUUGUGGGAUACUCGACAUCACAGCCGUCGCUAUUCAAACGCAAUCAACUCGAGCCGAUCAAAGACUUGAAACUUCUGAUCAAAGACUACGCACCCAUUGCCAAGAAUGCCCUGACAAUAUUGGUCAACUUGACCGAUGAUCAAGAAGUUGUGAAGAGUUUAAUAGAGGACGAUGCUUGUCUAGAAUCUAUCUUGCGCAGAGUGACAGACCCGAAAGACCCCAAUGCCAAUGAACACUGCAUGCUUCUGGCCAAUCUCGCCAAGUCCGACAGCAUAACCAAACUCCUUACACUCAAGCGCCCUAUCCCGAAGGAGAAGAACCUUUCCACCUCACCACUUGCCAUCGAUCAACUCCUCGACUGCUUCGUCAAAGGUGCCUCAGGCUCGUACAACCCGAAAGCAGACUACGACUAUCUCUGCUACGUCUUCGCCGACAUUUCCAAGCACGAAGCCGGACGGAAACACUUCUUGACGCCACGAACGGAAGGCUCCUCCUCAGACGAUGGCGCCGCCACUGAUGGGGAAAAGGUCCUUCCUAUCACGAAACUCGUCGUUUUCACUGAACACAAGUCCACGAUCCGCCGCCGUGGUGUAGUAAGCACGAUCAAGAACGUCUGUUUCGAUAUUGAUUCCCAUCCGACCCUGCUGCGCCCCUCGGAAGAAGAUGGCGUCGGGCUGCUCCCUUACAUUCUUCUCCCACUUAUGGGCAGUGAAGAAUACAGCGACGAAGAUACCGAUGGCAUGCUGGACGAAUGCCAACUUCUCCCUCCGGAUAAAGAACGCGAAUCGCAAAACGACAUUAUCUGCAUUCAUCUCGAGACAUUACUUUUGCUGACCACGACGAAAGAAGGGAGAAAGGUGCUGCGGGAUGUGCGAGUGUAUCCUAUCGUCAGGGAAUUGCACGCCAAGGUGGAAGAUGAGAAUGUCAGGGAGAGUGUGGAUCGUCUGGUGCAGGUUCUGCAGAGAGGAGAGGAAGGAGAUCCGGAUCCGGCGGAGGAGGCGAGGAAGAUGGCUUUGGCACAGGAGGGGAGAGUGCAGGAGAUUGAGGACGAGGACGAAGAUGAACAGAUCGUGGAGGUGUUGUAGAUGUUGGACUUGCGACUCAACGCGUUGUGAUAACAAUUCGUGGGAUUACACUUUAGCUUAUCGCCGGCGUGAAGCUCGCCACACAUGAAGCAGUGAGACGUUGCAAUCACAGGAGUAAAAAGGCCGAUG